ACAUGACGCGCGUCGCAGACAUAUUUACCCUCGUCUCUUAUCGAUAAAAAUCCUCCCACCAGACGUCCCCAGUUCCCACCCAAUCCGACCCAAACCCACAAUUUUCACGGUCAAAUCUCCCACACUUUCUCGACGGCCAAACACCACAAUCGCUCUCGCUCUCUCCCCAAACCCUAACCCCCAAUCCAACUUGGUCCACCCUUUCUAUGCCCUAUGUCGACAUCGGGUACGCCGCAGUUCCGGUACACGCAGACGCCGUCGAAGGUGCUCCACCUCCGCAAUCUCCCGUGGGAGUGCGCCGAGGAGGAGCUCAUCGAGCUCUGCAAACCUUUCGGCAAGAUCGUCAACACCAAGUGUAAUGUCGGCGCCAAUCGCAAUCAGGCCUUCGUCGAAUUCGCAGACCUAAACCAGGCCAUAAAUAUGGUUUCGUAUUAUGCUUCAUCCUCGGAGCCUGCCCAGGUCCGUGGUAAAACCGUUUACAUUCAGUAUUCAAAUAGACAUGAAAUUGUCAACAACAAAAGUCCGGGAGACGUACCCGGAAAUGUCUUGUUGGUAACCAUCGAGGGUGUUGAAGCCGGCGAUGUGAGCAUUGAUGUUAUUCACUUGGUGUUCUCUGCUUUUGGCUUUGUUCACAAGAUUGCCACUUUUGAAAAAGCAGCUGGCUUCCAGGCAUUGAUUCAGUUCAGUGAUGCUGGCACUGCAUCUAUGGCAAGGAAUGCGUUGGAUGGAAGAAGCAUACCCAGGUACUUGCUUCCAGAGCAUGUCGGUUCCUGCCACUUACGUAUUUCUUAUUCGGCACACACUGAUCUGAACAUCAAGUUCCAGUCUCACCGAAGCAGGGACUAUACAAAUCCGCUCCUUCCUGUAAAUCCUACUGCAAUAGAGGGAAUUAUGCAGCCUACUGUAGGUCCUGAUGGAAAGAAGAAAGAGCUGGAGAGUAACGUGCUUCUUGCUUCAAUUGAAAAUAUGCAAUAUGCUGUCACAGUGGAUGUUAUUCACACGGUGUUCUCUGCGUUUGGCACUGUCCAAAAAAUUGCUAUAUUCGAGAAGAAUGGUCAAACACAAGCAUUAGUUCAAUACCCUGAUCUCAAUACAGCAGCAGUUGCCAGAGAAGCUCUAGAGGGACACUGCAUUUAUGAUGGUGGCUAUUGUAAGCUUCAUCUAUCAUACUCUCGUCAUACUGAUCUCAAUGUAAAGGCGUAUAGCGACAAAAGUAGAGACUAUACGAUCCCAGAUGCUAGUUUGCUUGCGGCGCAACAAGUUUCUGGUUACACUCCUCCUCCUCCUGGUGCUUGGCAGAAUCCUCAAGCUGCUCCAAUGUACCAAGGCAAUGAGUACAGUGGUGCAGCUUCUGUGCAGGCCCAAGCUCCUCCAGGUCCUCCAGGACAACCCUCAUCAUGGGAUCCAGCCAUGCAGGCAGGCAGAUCAACGUUUGUUUCGGCUCCUAGCACCUUUCCCGGUCAAACAUACCAGGCAUCAUCCGGUCCUGUAUAUUACUCUGCAGCAAUGCCAGCGGGUUCUUCGCCUCUCCAAUCAGGUCCAACUGCUUCAGGUAUGGGUUCUAGGGGAAUGCCUCAGCCAGGGGUUCCACCCAAUGCGCGACCUGGUGGUGGUGCUUCAUCUCCAGGGGUUCGGCCUCCUGGUGCCUCACCAUCGUACUACGGCCAAUAGGACGUAGUGUUUUGUUUUCUUUAAACGAAUGGUGGGUAUUGCCGGGCUCAUCUUUUGUGUAUUUUUGUUGUUGUUGGGAAUGCGUCCGACCCCAAAUUCGAUUUGCAGUGUCUGAAACUCAGCACUGCCCUGCUUUGAUUGGAACCUGUUCUUUUGGUUUUAGUUUGAAUAUCCCAUAUAUAUUCUGUUGUUUCUGAAGUACAUUUUUGUAUCCACACCUUCAAUUUGAAGUCCCGGGAACCUGAGAACGGUUUCAAUAUGCUUAACAAUAAUUCGAUGUCCCGUUAACUUAUUCUUGGGAUUCUGCUGUGACGGUUUUCUUAGUGAAUCAUGCAUUGUCUUGUGUUUUAAUCUUCAGCAUGAUGGUGCAUGAUUCGUUUGGACCGCAACGCUGACAUCCUGUGCUGCUGUGGGCCAGUAGCAUACGAUUUUCACUAUUUCCACGAACCGUAUGGAGAAUUCAACCACCAAGUAAAUUCCAAAAGCCUGUAAUGUAAGGUCAAUUACUUGGUUGGCCUACUUCAUUUAAAACAAGAGAGUUGUGCAGGCUUGUGGUUCAACACAACACGAACAACUUUCUCACAGUACCAGUGGGUCCGCACCUGAAGUUGAUCAAACUCUGUGAUCAAACCCCAAUGGCGGAGAAAAACUUGAGUGCAACCGAGCGUCUAUUCCUUGUGCCCAUCUUUCUUCGAGCGAGGAGCAUAAAGUAACGUACACUGAUUGCGCCUAAGAUUUUGCCUCGAUGGUGACUGGAGAGCUCGAGAGCUGUCGGAUCUCAAACAUCCCAAUGUGAACCUGUCUCAAGAUAAUCUAGUUGAAUAGUCAACAAGAUUGAACUCUUUGCUCAAAUUCUAAUGCUGCAAAACAUCAUAGUAUAUCACCACAUGAGUACACUUGCUAUACAAUAUAUUCAAAGAAUCUGUCUGGUAACUGGUUGUAUAUCGUUUUGUGCCUAAACUCUCGGAAUGAUUAGCUUCGAUCUUACCGUUGUUUUUUCGUUGAUUGUAAUUUUUGUCAGUCUUGCCAUUAAUCAAAAAUCGAAGUUUGUGCGUU